CGUCACUGCAGCACUUGUCCUCCUCUUCCUCCUCCUCCUCUUCUUCCUCCCUCCUCCCUCCUCCUCCUCCUCCUCCAGCUCCUCCAUCGCCUCCGGGCGCCUCUUCGCCGCGGAGCGCUGCGAAAACCCACCCAAGGAGCGGCGGCGGAACAAACCCACCCCAGCCCCAGCGCCGCUCCAUCCCCCCCUUCCUCCCUCCCUCCUCUUCCUCCUCCUCCAGAGGCUCCGGCGGAGGGGAGGGAGGGUUGGGGACUUUUUUUUUUCUCUCUCUCCCUCUCCUCUUUUUUUUUUUUUUUUUUUUUUUUUUUUUUUUUUUUUGGGUCGCUCUCCCUCCGCCGUCGUUUGUUGUGGCUGUUAAAUUUUAAACUGCCAUGCACUCCACUUCCAGUAUGCUGGGAGCGGUGAAAAUGGAAGGCCAUGAGCACACGGACUGGAGCAACUACUACGGAGAGCCCGAGGGCUACUCCUCGGUGAGCAACAUGAACGCAGGGCUGGGCAUGAACAGCAUGAACACCUACAUGACCAUGUCGGCCAUGAGCAGCACGGCCAACAUGACAGCGGCGGCCACCUCCAUGAACAUGUCCUACGCCAACACGGGCAUGAGCCCCUCUCUGACCGGCAUGUCCCCGGGUGCGGGGGCCAUGCCAGCCAUGGGCUCUGCUGGCGUGCCGGGCAUGGGAGCCCACCUGAGCCCCAGCAUGAGCCCCAUGGGCGGCCAGGCAGGCUCCAUGAACGCCUUGGCUCCUUACUCCAACAUGAACUCCAUGAGCCCCAUCUACGGCCAGUCCAACCUGAACCGCUCACGCGACCCCAAGACUUACCGGCGCAGCUACACACACGCCAAGCCGCCCUACUCCUACAUCUCCCUCAUCACCAUGGCCAUCCAGCAGUCCCCCAACAAGAUGCUGACCCUCAGCGAGAUCUACCAGUGGAUCAUGGACCUGUUCCCCUUCUACCGCCAGAACCAGCAGCGCUGGCAGAACAGCAUCCGCCACUCGCUGUCCUUCAACGACUGCUUCCUCAAGGUGCCGCGCUCGCCGGACAAGCCGGGCAAGGGCUCCUUCUGGACGCUGCACCCGGACUCGGGGAACAUGUUCGAGAACGGCUGCUACCUACGCCGCCAGAAGCGCUUCAAGUGCGAGAAGCAGCUGGCGGCCAAGGACGGCAGCAGCGGCACUGGCAGCAAGAAAGGCCCGGGCCAAGCUCCCAACCAGCCCCUGGGCGAGGGAAGCUCCUCGGGUGGCUCCGAUGGCUCCGCUGGCACCGAGUCACCGGCCAGCUCCUCGCCGUGCCAGGACCACAAGCGCGCCCUGGCCGACCUCAAAGGGCUGAGCCCCGGCGAGCCUUCGGCCUCGCCGGGCCAGCACCUGCUGGCCCCGCCGCACGCUGGGCUGGCCCACGAGGGCCACCUCAAGCCCGAGCACCACUACGCCUUCAACCACCCGUUCUCCAUCAACAACUUGAUGUCGUCCUCGGAGCAGCAGCACCACCACCCGCACCACCAGCACCACCACCCGCACAAAAUGGACCUGAAGGCCUACGAGCAGGUGAUGCACUACUCGGGCUACGCCUCGCCCGUGCCCGCGGGCCUGGCCAUGGCUCCCGUAACGAACAAAAGCGCCCUGGAGGCCUCGCCUUUGGCCGGAGAGACUUCCUACUACCAAGGCGUGUAUUCCCGGCCCAUCAUGAACUCCUCCUAA